AGAGACAGAGAGCGAGAGACCAGCACAACCAGGACCAACUCGGACUCACACCGGUAUCUUUCUUCCCAACCAGGACAGAAAUCUGAAUUGAUCAAGAUGCUUUGCCCCAGCGUGUUCCAGCCGACCUCCAUCAACAUGAGCAUGAGGCCCCUAAUGGACCUGCACUGGCCCAUCCGCAGCCUGUGGCCAGAGACCAGGCCGCUUUUCUACCAGAUGGAGCAGGAGAUGAUCCGUCAUAUGCAGGAGAUGAGACACAACAUGGAGUUCAUGGAGAGACUCCACCAGAAGAUAUUUGAGGAGAUCGACCAGUCAAUGUCUUCCUCUUCCUCCUCCUCGACCAUGGCCAUCUUCAAACCCAUUACCUUCCAGGUGGGGAAGGAUGACAGCACAUUCGCCCUGAGCCUGGACACCAAGGACUUCUCCCCAGAGGAGCUGUCUGUCAAGCAGGUGGGCCGAAAGCUGAGGGUGAGCGGGAAAAUGGAGAAGAAACAGGAGGACGCAAAAGGGUCAUACUCCUACAAGUGUCAGGAGUUCAGACAGGAGUUCGACCUGCCUGAUGGGGUGGACCCCGAGGCAGUCACCUGCUCGCUGGCGGGGGGGCGGCUCCAGAUCCGGGCCCCCAGGGAGAGACUGACGGAUGGGAAGGAGAGAGUGGUCCCCAUCAGCUUCACCCCGGCAAUCACUUCCAGCCCGACACAGAGCGCCACUGCUGCAGCGGAGGGAAGCGCUGCUGCCGGCGACACUGGCACAGAAACCCAGACCAAGACAGAAUGAACAAACACUGGGCUUAACUGGAUCUCUGAACUGUAUUGGUGGCCCUUAAUAAGCUUUAUUAUAGAAAAUAAAAACUUUUGUUUUUUCUAAA